AUGGAAUGUGUAGGCGAUGAUGUGCCUGUUAACAAAGGAGAUAAGUUCAGUCGUGAACAAGCGCCAAAAACAGAUCAAGAGAAGUUGGAGAUGGCAGAUAAGCCUUAUGCUUCAUUGGUUGGGAGCCUUAUGUAUGCUCAAAGGACAAAGAAUUUCAAGAUAGUUUACAAAAGGAAUGAGAGCUUAGAAUUGGUUGGCUAUGCAGAUGCUGAUUUUGCAGGGUGUGUAGAUGACUUAAAAUCCACUUCAGGUUUUGUUUUUCUAUUUGGAGGAGCUGUAGUUUCUUGGAAAAGUGUUAAGCAGUCCAUUGUGACCACCUCAACUAUGCAGGCAGAGUUCAUAGCUUGUUAUGAAGCAACAUGUCAGGCUAUUUGGCUGAAGAAUUUUCUAACUAGCCUGAAUAUUUUGGGAACAAUUGAGAAGCCUAUUCAUAUUUGGAAUGAUAAUAAUUCAGCCAUAUUGUUUGCAAAAGGGAACAAAAGGUCAAUCAGAAGGAAGCCUCUAUCGCUAAAGUUCUUGUCAGUGAAAGAAAAGAUCAGUGAAGGAAGCAUUGCCAUGGAUUAUAUUAAUACAGAGUCCAAUCUAGCAGAUCCAUUCAAUAAAGGGCUACCAAAUAAUGUUUUCAAGAGGCAUGUAACUAGAAUUUGCCCGCCAAUACCCAGAUCGUCUGUGUCUCCAUUGCUUCUUAUCAGGGACAGUCUUUUUAGUAAUAUAUUCUUAGAGGACGGUCCAAAGCUCAAAAAUUUGAAUGGGGUUUUGAUCAAUACGUUUGAAGGGCUAGAAGCAGAGGCAUUACAUGCGCUUAACGGUGGAAAAGUAACUUUCAAUGAUGGGUUUGGGUUGCCCCCAGUUUUUCCCGUUGGGCCUUUUGUGCCCUGUGAGUUUGAGAAGCUGCAAGGAGAUGAUGACCGCGACCAACUGAGAAACUGGCUUGAUGAUCAACAUGAUGGGUCAGUGGUUAAUGUGAGCUUCGGAAGCAGGACGGCCCUGUCAGGAGACCAAAUCAGAGAGGUGGGUGAUGGGCUGGUCAAAAGCGGGUUUAGGUUCUUGUGGGUGGUGAAGGAGAAGCUGGUUGAGCCAGAGGAAGAAGAAGAGGGCAAUUUAGUAAUUGGGCAUGACCUUGUGGAGAAACUGAAGGGCAGGGGGUUGGUAGUGAAAAGCUGGGUGGAGCAAGGAGAAAUCUUGGGUCACAGAGCAGUGGGUGGUUUUGUGAGCCAUUGUGGCUGGAACUCGGUGGUUGAGGCUGCAUGGCAUGGCGUUAGAGUUCUGGCUUGGCCACAGCAGAGCGAUCAAAAGAUCAAUGCAGAGUGUGGGCUGGGGUUUUGGGCCAAAACUUGGCCUUGGGGCGGCGGCGAGAAUGACAAGGUGGUGGUCAACGGUGAAGAGAUUGGCGAUAAGAUCAAAGAACUGAUGCAGAGUGAAGCUCUGAGAGUGCAAGCUGCAAGGAUUGAGCAAGAGGCUAAGAAGACCGCUGAAGUUGGUGGGUGCCGUGGGAAAAUGUUGAAGAGACUCAUUGACGAGUGGAGGAAAAACUAA